AUGGCCGGCCGCUUUGUUCGUUCGUCGAAGUACCGACAUAUCUUCGGUCGAGCUACACGAAAGGACCAAUGCUAUGAUACUCUCCGAGUCUCCACCAAUGCCUGGGAUACCAACCUUUUGAAGGUAAACCCUCAAUACCUGUCCGUUAACUGGGAGACUGGCGGUGGCGGAGCUUUUGCCGUUCUCCCCCUUAACGAGAAGGGAAGACUCCCGGAACGAAUUCCACUCUUCCGUGGCCAUACUGCAGUUGUACUGGAUACAGAUUGGAACCCAUUUAACGACUCUCUGAUUACCUCGGGAGCUGAUGACGGGAAGGCGAUCCUGCAGAUUCUGCUUUGGAGAGUCCCCGAAGGAUUUACUCUACACACCGACGCUGCCGAAGUCGAAGACAUUGCUCCAAUCGGCAGGCUUCCAGGCCAUCCCAAGAAAGUAGGGCAUGUCCUGUUCAACCCCGCCGCCGAGAAUGUCCUCGCUUCUUCCUCCGGAGACUUCACCAUUAAAAUAUGGGAUAUAGAAGCCGGCGCCGCCAAGGCUACGUUGAACGUCAACGAGGUAAUACAGUCCAUGUCGUGGAGCGCAAAUGGCUCCUUGUUGGUUACAACCUCGCGUGAUAAGAAACUACGCAUUUGGGACGUCCGACAGGAAAGACCUGUACAUGAAGGUGCAGGUCAUUCUGGUGCAAAGAACAGCCGAGCUGUUUGGAUGGGAGAACACGAUCGGAUUGCAACAACUGGCUUUUCUAAGAUGAGUGAUAGGCAGCUUGCUCUAUGGGAUGUCCGUGCUGCCAGGGAGCCUAUCAAUGGCUUCAAAGUUCUAGACUCUAUCUCUGGCGUCUGUAUGCCAUUCUGGGAUCAAGGCACACAAUGCCUUUAUCUUGCUGGGAAAGGAGACGGGAACAUCCGUUACUUCGAGUACCAAAACGAUAAGUUUGAAUACUUGUCUGAGUACAAGUCCGGCGAUCCACAGCGUGGAGUUGCUUUUAUGCCAAAGCGAGGCAUCAACAUGCAUGAAAAUGAGGUCGUCAGAGCCUACAAAACCGUCAAUGAUACAUACAUUGAACCUAUAUCAUUUAUCGUUCCCCGACGCGCCGAGGUUUUCCAGGAUGAUAUCUACCCACCAACCACCGGCUUAAGCCCUGCCAUGUCAUCUAGCGAGUGGUUUGCAGGCAAAGAUGCACUCCCUCCCAAAAUUGAUAUGGCUAGUCUAUACGAAGGCGAAGGCAUGAAGGAACUUCCCGCUGAUGCUGGCUCUGCUGCGAAGGAACCGCAAACAAAGGCUCCAGAGCCUGUUAAGAAGCCAGAGCCAGCGCCCAAACCAGCUCCAGAACCAAAGCCCACGUCACCACCUGUUACUACUACUGGGCCCCGUGGCAACAUGAAAGAUCAAGGCGCCUCCAUGGCUGCGGUUGCGUCAAAGUAUGUAGAUGAUAACGAAGAAGAUGAAGAGGAAGCCGGUGGUAGCUCAAGUUUCGAUGAGCCAAAACCAAAAAAUGUACCCUCCAUCUCCAUCUCUCCCGCGCAAGCUGAGCCAUCUCCGCCAGCCAAGCAAGAGCCAAAGGAUUCAAAGCCCGUUCCAGUGACAACUACAGCCUCCUCCGGUCCAGUAAAAAACGAUGUUGACUCGGCUGUACAGCCAUCGCUGAUGAAGGAGAUUGAAACCAUCAAAGAACUGAUUGCCGAGCAGACUCGCACGAUUACCUCACAAGCCGAGGAACUUAGCGCUCUGAAGGCUGAAAUUAGCAGUCUUAAGUCGAAGCUCGGGUAG